GACUGUUGCGUCGUCCUCCCUGUACGCUUUCGGGCUUCAAUUUCGUGGAAUCGUAGCACCAUAAAAGGCAAGCGAGGGCGGCGGUGCGUGGAUUCACUCAUCUGGAGGCGCAGCCUCCCCUCCCUCCGUUUCCUUCUUCUACCCUCGCCACUGCCUCCUCCCUCUCGCUCGGCGUAGGCAUGGGCGCGCUCGACUCCGGCUGCUUUGAGGUCGAUCUCGAAGACGGAGUCGGAUGGGAGGAGGAGGAGAAGGAGAACGAGGCGACGGAUCAAGCGGCAUCGGAGAUCGAACCAGAUGCAGACGCCGACAGCAUGCGGUCGAUCGAGGAGGCCGUGAAGGUUCUGCUGCAGGGCCUCGGAGAGGACCACCAGCGGGAGGGCCUCCGGAGGACGCCGCAGCGUGUAGCCAAGGCGUUCCGUGGCGGAACCAGAGGUUACAAACAAAAUGUGAAGGACAGUGUGCAGGAUGCUUUGUUUCCUGAAUCCGGACUGAAUUUGGGAAUCGGUCAUGGAGGAGGAGCCGGUGGACUGGUGGUUGUUCGCGACAUCAACUUGUUCUCAUACUGCGAGUCUUGCUUGCUUCCCUUCAGCAUCAAGUGCCAUGUCGGUUACAUUCCUUCUGGAGGGCGCGUCGUUGGCCUAAGUAAGCUCUCGCGCGCCGCAGAUGUAUUCGCGAGGAGGCUUCAGGAACCUAAAAGACUCGCAAGUGAAAUCUGUGCGGCAUUGCAUAGCAGCAUUAAACCAGCUGGUGUGGCUGUUGCUCUUCAAUGUCGCCACAUGAAGCUGCCCGAAGACCAUUCAAGUGAUAUCGAUUCUACUCAUUCAACCAUAUCAGUUUCUUCAAGGUCUGGAGAUUUUAAAGAAGAGAAAAGCUCUUUGUGGGAUGAUUUCUCAUUUCUUCUGAGACUAAGAGGUGUAGUCAUCGAAAGAGAAGAUACAGACAAUUCUCAUGUUUAUCCUUGGUGCCCCUUAAGGUCUCAGGAGCUGCCUCAGUCGAAUGGACAUUGCGUGAGAAACACCAAAAAUGGAAAGGUUUCUUCCAGGACAGCAGUUUCACAGUCACAAGCUUCUAUGGUGACAGCAGUAUCUUCAAUUCUCCGAUCCCUCGGUGCAGAUCCUUUGAGGAAAGAACUCGCGGGCACUCCGUGCCGUUAUGUUCAAUGGCUUCUGAAUUUUAAGAGCUCUAACCGCGACUUUGAUUGUGGUGCGAAAGAAGGAAAUGUUGAUGGCACGAGCGAGAUGCAGACGGCGCUAAACAUUCCUUUCUUCUCACUUUGUGAGCACCACCUCUUACCGUUUCAUGGCGUGGUGCACAUUGGAUACUUGAUCGAACGAGGAACUACUCCUAUCGAUCAGUCAGCUCUGCGAUCAAUGGUUCAUUUCUUUUCCCGCAAGCUCCAAGUGCAAGAGAGGUUAACCAGACAGAUAGUAGAAGCGGUGCAUUCUAACUUCAAUGGUGGAGCAAUGGUCGUAGUAGAAGCCCGGCAUAACUGCAUGAUAUCGAGAGGGAUCGAGAAAGUAGGGAGCAACACGGCUACUAUGGCUGUUCUUGGCCGGUUUUCUAGCGAUUCGAAAGUGAAGGCUCUAUUUUUGCAGACAAUCGCAAGCAAUGCUUCGUCUGCGGUUUGAUUUCGAUGAAUUUCGUUUUCGAUCGAGCUACAUUUAUGAUGCAACUUUUCAUUGGUUUUGUGCUACUACUUCACUAAGCAAUUAGAAAAGAGUUCAUCUA